AUGUCGUGGCAAGCUUACGUUGACCAAAGCUUGGUUGGCACUGGCCAUGUUGACAAGGCCGCCAUCAUCAGCAUUGCUGGCGACAGCACGUGGGCGUCCACCACUGGCUUCACCCUCUCCGCUACCGAGAUGAAGGUUAUUGCAGACAUUGUCAAGGGCGACAAGGCCGUCACAGACAAGGCCUUUGGCGAUGGUCUCUUCAUUGGCGGCGAAAGAUACGUCAUGGCCCGUGCCGAAGAUGGCUCCAUCUACGCGCGCAAGGGCAAGGAGGGCAUCGCCGUUGCCAAAUCCGCCCAGGCCGUUCUCCUCGGCCACCACGGCGAGGCCCAGCAGGCCGGCAACGCUACGCAGGCGGUGCAGAAGCUGGCAGACUAUCUCGUCGGCGUGGGCUACUAG